AUGAAGGCCCUCUCGUACGCGGCGACGGAGUCGAUCUCGAUGCGCAGCAGGGCCGCGGCUUCGUUCAUCGGCCGCAGGGGGGAGGGGAGGCGCCAUAAAGGAGCACACCAAGCGCGAUCGCCUCGCGGCCUUUGCUAUUGGAGCGAAAUAGGUCGGCCAGGUUGGGACGUUGCAGGCGCUACUAAAGCACCGGGAUCACCAAUGCGAGCCUAUGGCGGAAGAUUAAAAGGCGAAGCCAUUGCCGGACCUGGGCACCACCUGGAAGGCGGUGAGGGUUGCACCAGAAGCCUCGCAAAUGGCGGCGGCCGGUCCGCUGAGCUAGGAGCCGCCUGCUUGCGUAGCGAGUUGAGAUGUUGCGGCGGCUGCUACCAGGGUGGACCACGCCCGGGCGCCGACAAGCGCACUCCCUCUCGAAGUAGCGAGGGGCGUCGCGUCGGAUCGCCCGAGAGCUGUGGCCCGGAUGCACCGGAGAGAACUGGGGCGGCCGGCUCCUGGGCGCAGUCAUUGUCGGCGGAACAGUUUGCGGCCGUGAAGCGGGGCAGCAGCCCCCGCAUGCAUAGCCGAAGAGCGAGCGCUCCGCCCGCCCCCCCUGUGUGUGUCCCGGCCCAAAACGAAGCGAAGAAGACCGGGGCGAUAGUCGGUGGGGGUGAGGAGGGCAGGCAGCGCCGUCCUGGCGAAACUGGAGACCAUUCGCGGGCCCAGUGCCCCGAAGCCGGUGCGCUUCCUUCGGCG